UCCUAUAGUAUUUGUCCACCGCCGGCCGCCGCCGAGCUAUCACUCGAAUUUCUUCGACGCCAACUGCAUUCGGUAUCAAUUGAAGCGAAAGCAAUCUUCAAGGAACAAAAAUGCCUCCCAAGCAAUCGAAAUCCGAAGUAGCGAAGAAGCAGAAGGCGGUCGAGGACAAAACUUUCGGAUUGAAGAACAAAAACAAAUCUAAGACUGUGCAGAAGUACGUACAGUCUCUCAAGCAGUCCGGACAGCCCAAACCCGACCCAACCAAACUCCAAGCGCAGAAGAAGAAAGAGGAGGAGAAAGCUAAGGAGAAGGAGCUUGCUGAGUUGUUCAAAGUUGCUGUGAAACAGCCUAAAGUCCCAGUUGGCGUCGAUCCCAAGUCUAUACUGUGCGAGCAUUUCAAGUUGGGGCAAUGUGCAAAAGGGUUCAAGUGCAAAUUCUCCCAUGACUUGAAUGUGCAGAGGAAAGGAGAGAAGAUCGAUAUCUAUAGCGAUACACGGGAGGAAGAACAAGGAACCAUGGAGGAUUGGGAUCAAGAAAAAUUGGAGAAGGUUGUCGCGUCCAAGAGCAAUGAAUACAACAAGAAUAAGCCUACCGAUAUUGUAUGUAAAUACUUUUUGGACGCAGUGGAGAAGAAACAAUAUGGUUGGUUUUGGGUUUGCCCAAAUGGCAGUAAAGAAUGCCAUUACCGGCAUGCACUUCCACCUGGAUAUGUUUUAAAAUCUCAAAUGAAAGCCCUGUUGGAGGAGGAAGCUCAGAAGAUAACUAUUGAGGAAGAGAUAGAAAACCAGCGUGCAAAAGUAUCUACCUGUACUCCUAUGACUACGGACUUGUUCAUGCAAUGGAAGAUGAAAAAGGUGGAAGAGAGAGAAGCUGGAUUGGCUGCACAAAGGGCAGAGAGGGCCAAGAAUGACCGUAUGAGUGGCCGAGAGUUGUUCCUCUUAGACGCAAGCUUGUUUGUCGAUGAUGCUGAGGCCUAUGACAAGUACGAGAGAGAAGAGGAACCGGACGUCGAGCAGAAGGCUGAUAACGGUCCUGCCAUGGACGGGCCAAGUUCGUCCUCGUCAACUGCACGAAAUGAAGAAGAUAUCACUAAUCAUGUUGGUGAUAACGAGGAGGAUGAUGACGAUGAUCUUGACAUGGAUGAGCUGGAUGAACUGGAAGCUAGCCUUUCGAGAACAACAUUGCAAAUCAAAGAACCAGGGGACAGCGCAUGAUUGCUGAAUUAUCUGAAUGAAUGUAUUUUAUUCAAUCUCGACUGAUUGCUGAAGCAAUUUUGUGAAAGUAGAUGCUGAUUUUUGUUUGUAGACAUUAAUUACAUUGAGCAAGUUUUGGAUUGUAUCGAGACUAAAAAUAUUGUGGACUAAAUUGCAACGGAACUGUGUGGCAAACACUUUUGUGCAAAUCGUUUACUAA